AUGGGCAAUGUCGCCAGCCGCCUGGACGAUGCGGGGAGCUUGUUUUCCAAGGACCAGAAUCGCUUCUCGAUCGCAUCGGUCACAAUAAGCAACUCCCGCCGCCGCCUGCUGACCCUGUCCCCAAACGCAUUACCUGCGGUGCGGUAUAUAGCAAAACGUGACUCGAACGACGAAACUCCUAUCGAAUAUAUCCAGGAUCCGGAUGUCCCCUCGUCCGCCCCGGUCCCGACGUUCUUGCUACGCCUUUCGAACGACGACGACCUCAUUUUCAACUUCACAUUCAUCCUUCGCCAGACACAGACCGGCAACGUUGCAGGAUCAACCGUCAAUGGCGUCUCGACCUCGCUCCCCGAAGUGGCCGAUACCAACCUUACAGGACUCACGUUUGCCCACGCAUCCAACUCGAAGGAACUAGAUAAUCUAAUCACGAGAGAGUUUCACGCGAACCCGAACUUGCAAAAUAACUCCAAUGUCCAGCUCAUCGGAGACUUUUCGACCGGCGGUAACCCGUCAGUUUCAUUUGAGUGGUCCUGGAGAUGGAAGCCCCCGAAGGCAAUGGAGGACAAGGGUGGUGGCUGGCGAAACAGCUGCAGCUUCUUAGAUUAUGAUCAAAGGACUAACCGCCUGAACACCCUUGCUCACUUCUCCUUCUGGGUGCAUAACUCCAUUCGUCUGCUGCCCAGUCCACAAAUAUCCUCGCCGAACCUGGAGUUGCCUGUCCCUCAGCCUCGCAGCCGUGUCCCCUCCACCCAGUCCACCGUUUCCCACUUCAGUGACACCGAACUCACCUCGAAUUCACAUUACUUUUCGACCACACCACCUGAAAGCGCAGAUGGUGCACCCCCUCUUCCCCUAACAGCGCCCCCGCCCCCGCCCCCGCCCCCGGUCAAAGUUGACCUUCCACAUUCGCGACCUGGGGAUGACAUGAGUGUGGUGGAAGAUGGGCCACUGUUUCGAGCAACCAUGAAGGCUUUGGAGCAGAGAACGGGGAACAUGCGCUCGAAAAUCAAAAAGGUCCUUAAGAAAGCCGAGGCUGCCCAGCAAGCGCAAGCAAGCUGCAACGAGGCCAUGGAAGCCUUUUUAUGCUCGCUGAACGAUGCUUCUACAUCCAACGCCAAUGCUAUCCAGCCGGCACUAGACCACUACUUUGAGAAGAUCGCCCGACAGAUCCAGAAUUACGAACAGCUCAACACACUCCAGCUGCAGAAGCUCGUGAUUGAGCCUCUUGUGAAGCUGUACACCAACGACAUCAAACAGGCUGAAUCGAAAAAGAAAGAGUUUGAUGAGGAAAGUCGCGAUUAUUAUGCCUACGUCAGUCGCUAUUUGGGCCAGAGACAGGACUCGCUUAAAGAGAAGAAACGUGCCGAGAGCGAUUCGAAGUAUCAGGUCAAGCGGCGAAAUUUCGAGCUGAAGCGCUUCGACUAUUCUUCUUUUAUGCAGGAUCUCCACGGAGGCCGCAAGGAGCAAGAGGUCUUAUCGCAUCUGACGAAGUAUGCCGACUUUCAGGCCAAGAACUUCUUGGCGGCUGCUAAGAAGGUUGAUGAGAUGGUCCCCCAGCUUGACGCUCUCAUUCAUGAGGUGAACCAGGCAGACAAGGAGUUCCAGUUCAAACGGACCGAGCGCGAGGAAAAGCGCAGGGCUUUGGAAAAGAACAGUAAACCGUAUCUGGAGCCCGACGUGGUGACUGGCGCGACGAUCGCCACUUCUACAUCUACCGGUGCUGCCAACGGGCCUACUUCCAUCGACAAUGAACUGGGUCGAGCCGAUAGUACUGGAUCUCAGCUGCGCGGCGUCAUCAGCAACACUUCGUCCGUUUCGUCUCAGGCCAACGCAGGGUCCGCUGGCACUUCCGCUGGCACCUCCGCGCCCACAACAAGCGCCGGUGCUAGUGGAGCCCCAGGCCAAAAUCGCUUCAAAGGCAUUCGAGACCUCGAGGAAAGAGACAUUCUUUGGUUCGAUCGCGCUGCGGGUCAGCAACGGAAAGAGGGUCUCCUGUGGGCGUUGUCCCGUCCGGGUUCACAUAUUGAUCCAAAAGGAAUUAACAAACAGGCAUGGCAUAAGUUCUGGAUUGUGCUAGAUCAAGGAAAACUUUCUGAAUAUAGCAAUUGGAAACAAAAGCUAGAUCUUCACAUGGAACCGAUCGAUCUCCGCAUGGCAUCCGUUCGCGAAGCUCGAAAUGCAGAACGGCGAUUCUGCUUCGAAGUGAUUACACCUCAAUUCAAGCGUAUCUAUCAAGCAACUUCGGAGGAGGACAUGGCCAACUGGAUCCGGUCUAUCAAUAACGCACUUCAGAGUGCAGUGGAAGGACAAGGAAUGCCACCCCCUCCAGUCCCGUCUAAGAACGAAUCUAGUGGACGUGAUAUCGGCUCCGUUUUCACAGGAAAGAGCUCGUCGGUCUCUGGCCACCACUCUUAUUCAAACAGCUCCAGCAGCAGUGGUGUGAAUCGCCGGACUACGGUUGGAGCGCGACCCAGUUAUGUUCGUCACGACAGCAAUAGCUAUGAAGAAAAUCCGUCACGUCUCCUCCAGGCCGUACGUAACGCGGACGAGGGAAACAUGUGGUGUGCCGACUGUGGUUCUUCCUCCAAAGUCGAAUGGGUCUCGAUCAACCUCGGAAUCAUCUUGUGCAUUGAGUGUAGUGGCAUCCACCGGUCUUUGGGAACACACAUCUCCAAGAUCCGGUCGCUCACCCUCGACGUACAUUCUUUCUCGAACGACAUUGUUGAGAUCCUCUUGCAGAUUGGCAAUCGAGUCAGCAACAUGAUUUGGGAGGCGACCCUGGACCAGUCGCUCAAGCCGAGCGCAGUCUCGACGAGAGAGCAACGACUGAAGUUCAUUACGGGCAAGUAUGUUGAUCGAGCCUAUGUUGAACAUCUGCCGUCCCCGCGGUCUCGAUUUGCGACCCCCAACGAGACCCUUCUUGCUUCGAUAAAAAGAAAUGAUAUCCAAGGAGUGCUCUACGGUAUUGCCCUGCGUGCCAACGUGAAUGUGACUGAUCGCUCCCGCAACACCCAUGCGGUGUUCCUGGCUCUUGCUGCUGCAGACCCAGCCUCUCCUGGGUCUACACCCACCAUACCUAUCUCCUCUCGCUCAACCAUUAAGGCGAUCCCCUUCCCCAUCGCCGAGCUGCUGGUUCAGAACGGUGCGGAUAUUCCCCCGCAACCGCCCUCCAUCCCCCUCUCCUCGGCAGCCCAACUCUAUCUCAGUCAGCGGACUUCGCGGACAUCUGCAUUCAUAUCUCCUCCACCGGGUCCUGUCCCGGGUAAGGUCAGCGUUACCGACAGCCUAGGCUCUUUACCUACCAUCCGAGCAUCGGGCAAGGAUAAUACUUCCUCGUCUUCCUCGCAGCCACCCGGCUCCUCGGACAGCAAGGAAAAAGAAAAGGAAAAGCUUUCCAAGCGAGGAAGUGCCGGUGCUCGAUUUGCAGGAAAAGUGGCGUCCCUUGGGAUCGACCGAUAA